AUGUUAUCAGCAGCAAUUGUUGAGCACGCGGCUCUUGGCUUCGCCUUUGCCGUCCUCUCCCUGUUUGUCCUUGCAUUUGCAGUCAUCGCAGUCGUUCUACUCACCAUUUCCCAUUCAUGUUGGUAUAGAUGUGAUGCGGAAGGGGAUCCACUGAUGGAAGACUACAAUACUCUAUUCACAGAUGCCAAUGUGGAGACGGGAGAACCUAUUGAAACAGUUGUUGGAUAUACACCAAAACAUGCUGAUAUUGUGUGA